AUGGCGCUCUCUACUACCAUCAAGACUCCCAACGUCACCUACGAGCAGCCCCUUGGCUUGUUCAUCAACAACGAGUUCGUCAAGGGUGCCAAGGGCCAGACCUUUGAGACCACCAACCCUACCGACGAGAAGGUCAUCACCUCCGUCCACGAGGCCACUGAGGAGGAUGUCGACACUGCCGUCAAGGCCGCUCGCGCCGCCCUCGAGGGUGCCUGGCACACCGUGACCCCCUCCGACCGUGGCCGUAUGCUCACCAAGCUGGCCGAUCUGUUCGAGCGUGACAUGGAGACCCUCGCCUCCAUCGAGGCUCUCGACAACGGCAAGGCCGUCACCAUGGCCAAGGUUGAUAUUGCCAACGCCGCUGGCUGCCUCCGCUACUACGGUGGCUGGGCCGACAAGAUCACCGCCCGUCGGUGUCUGCGGUCAGAUUAUCCCUGGAACUUCCCCAUCCUUAUGUGGGCCUGGAAGAUUGGUCCCGCUAUCGCCGCUGGUAACACUGUUAUCAUCAAGACCGCUGAGCAGACCCCUCUCUCUGGUCUGUAUGCCUCCAAGCUGAUUGUUGAGGCCGGCUUCCCUCCCGGUGUCAUCAACGUUAUCUCUGGUUUCGGCCGCACCGCCGGUGCUGCUAUCUCCAGCCACAUGGACAUUGACAAGGUUGCCUUCACUGGUUCUACCCUCGUCGGCCGUACUAUCCUCCAGGCCGCUGCCAAGUCCAACCUGAAGAAGGUCACCCUCGAGCUGGGUGGUAAGUCCCCCAACAUCGUCUUCGAUGACGCCGAUAUCGACAACGCCAUCUCCUGGUCCAACUUCGGUAUCUUCUUCAACCACGGACAGUGCUGCUGUGCCGGUUCCCGCCUGCUGGUCCAGGAGGGUAUCUACGACAAGUUCAUCGCCCGCUUCAAGGAGCGUGCGGCUAAGAACCAGCUGGGUAACCCCUUCGCCGAGGACACCUUCCAGGGUCCCCAGGUCUCUCAGCUCCAGUUCGACCGUAUCAUGGAGUACAUCAACCACGGCAAGAAGGAGGGUGCUACCGUCGCUGUUGGUGGCGAGCGCCACGGCACCGAGGGCUACUUCAUCCAGCCCACCGUUUUCACUGACGUUACUCCCGACAUGAAGAUCGCCCAGGAGGAGAUCUUCGGUCCCGUCAUUGCUGUCCAGAAGUUCAAGGACGAGGCUGAGGCCAUCAAGAUCGGCAACAACACCAGCUACGGUCUUGCCGCCGCUGUUCACACCAAGAACGUCAACACCGCCAUCCGUGUCUCCAACGCCCUCAAGGCUGGUACCGUCUGGAUCAACAGCUACAACAUGAUCUCCUACCAGGCUCCCUUCGGUGGCUUCAAGGAGUCCGGUCUGGGCCGCGAGCUCGGUUCCUACGCCCUGGAGAACUACACCCAGGUCAAGACCGUUCACUACCGCCUGGGCGACGCUCUGUUCGCUUAA